AUGGCAAUCCUCCCUGAAACAGAGAUGUUAUCGGCAAAUUCGACUGCCUCAGGUGGAAUUCAUCCUAGCUUCCUUGAGAUUCUGGACAAAGACUUCAUUGCUUUCUACAAUGAGCACUUUUCUGACAAACCGGUCACGCACACUAUCUCCAUGGCGCAGAUCAGAGUCGCUGGAGCGCAGUUCAGAAGCCCCUGGUGCCGAGACUACUCAGGAAAGUCUUUUGUGAAGGAUAUCCAGAUCCAAUCUGAGGAUGGGUAUAGAUUCACGGCGAGAUGUUACGCACCGGACAAGGAAAAGUUUGGGCCUGGUCCACACCCGAUUCACGUCAAUUUCCAUGGGGGUGGCUUUGUGUUUGGUGACCUCACUGCGGAUGCACAGCUCUGCUUGGAAUACCGAGACAAGGCUGGAGUUUUGGUGAUGGAUAUUGAUUACCGACUGGCACCAGAGAACGCUUUUUACAAAGGUCAUGAAGAUGGAUGGUCAGCUGUUCAAUGGGUUCGUAAAAACGGAGCGACUAUCAACGGAAAUACCGAUUCAAUCUCCAUUGGUGGUAUCUCUGCCGGUGGUCAUAUCUGCACUGUCAUUCAACAGUAUGCGCGGGAUGCAUGCUUGCCCUUGAAACUGGCCAUCUUGACAGUCCCAUCAACAGACUCGCAUGCCGCCUAUGAAAAGCCUUCUGAUUCCAAAUACACCUCCUUCCCCGAGAAUGAGUUUGCGCCGUGGCUCAAUUGGGCACGAAUGUCGUACUUCCGAAGCUAUGCUAGCCCUACAGAUAUUACCGACGUCCCGCCCCUAGUCAUCAGUCCCAUUGACGGGGAUCUGAACGGAGUCUGUCCUACCAUGAUUCUUACUGCUCAGUGCGACCCUCUCCGUGAUGAAGGCGAGGCGUACGCGCAGAAACUCAUCAAAAAUGGUGUCUUCACGCUUUCUAGAAGAUACACGGGUGUCCCUCAUCCGUUCACUCAUAUGAAGCCAAUUUUGAAGGCUGUGAUGUAUAUGGAUGAUGUUUGCAAAGCCUUGAAGAUGGUGCAUGGAUCAUGA